AUGGCCAAACGUAAUAAAGCUAUUGCUGUUAAAUUCUUCCAAGAUAACUUGAAUGAAUUCAAAGAUUUCUGCACACACAUUAGUUACCAAGAUAAAGAUGGAUUUUUAGGCGGUCCUACAGCAGCACAAGCUUCAAAUCUUCUAAAUUAUUAUCAAAAUAUGUAA